GGUUAACAGAAAUUUUCUGUUUCAUCCACCACAUCUUGAACCAUUCGAAUCAGGAGUAUGUUAAUGUAAUAGAAGAAGCUUCACUGAGAUUCAUUCUAAGCCUUACAGUUAAAGCAUCGUUGCAUUAGUUUCUACGAUUGACCUUGUUUAUUGAUUGUUUGUUGAGCUACAUAGAGCUGGUUGUUACAAAUUCAAUUGGGGAACAUGGACAAGGCUGUCGUUCAGACCAAGCUUGCAAGAGUGAGAGCGGUAGUUGGCAGAACCGGUUCUCAGGGUCAAUGUACACAGGUCCGUGUGGAAUUUCUGGAUGAUACUAAUAGGACAAUCAUAAGAAACGUGAAAGGCCCCAUUCGAGAAGGCGAUAUUUUAACCUUGUUGGAAACUGAAAGAGAAGCCAGAAGGUUACGUUAAUGUAUUCCAAAUAAAAGGUCGUUGUAAAAUUACCAGCUUUUCAUUUAUAAUCACAACAUAUUUUUCCACGAAAUGUUACCAAUUCAGACGCAAGCCCGCUUUUUCUGUACUUAAGAACCCAUUCAUAAGUAAUGGACGGAAUAUAAAUUUCAUAUGUCAACAGUUUAAACUCCAUGCUGAAAUUUUCAGUCAUAGAAGAACCUAUGAACGCAAACCUCCUAUUUUGGUGAAAUUGCGUGGUUCUCCUCAAGUUUUGUUCAGUUUCCUCAGAACAUGGACUUAGGGGGAGCUGACAACAACCUGAAACCGUAAACCACCAUGACAGUAGUAUUUGUUAUUUGAUGUUUAGUUACACUGCGGACGGACCAUUUGUCGAUUGCCGAUUGUAACAGUAACUGUCGACAGUGGAUCUUUCUCUACGGAUUUAAAAGCUUCGGCAACUGGUGUAUUUCCUAAUGCCGAAUAAGUAUUUUCUCAGCAGCGUCCUGAGAAUUUAAUUCUUUAUACCUGU